CGUCGCUCUCUCCACUACAUCGCACCACUGCGGUAGGAGCGCGGAAGGCAGCAGCGGACGGGGACCCUGCAGGCGCACUUCACUUGCUCCUGCACGAAGGAAAAAGCAAACAAACAUCCAGGUGGCGAGUGUAUCUCUUUGCCGACUUUAUCACAGAGGAGGACUUUACCUGUCAGGACAUAUAACAACGCCUCUUAGGGCAAAUCCUACAGCCCAGAGAGAGCGCAGGAGGGAGAACUUUUGGCUAUUGCUCCGCGAUUUUUAACCGCCGUCUCCGUAACCUUGGGAGUCAGACCUGUUCAUCGUGAGAGAGGAUGGGACCGCUACUCCUUUCCAUCGCCCUGUGUUUGAGCGCCGCUGUCCCGCAGCGUGUGAAAGCAGCAGAUGGUGAGGAACCAACUUCAGCAGGCCCUUGCCAUCCAAAUCCUUGCCACAACAGAGGAACAUGUGAGAUCAGUGAGACCUACAGGGGUGACACUUUCAUCGGUUACGUCUGCAAGUGUCCACCAGGCUUCAGUGGAGUUCACUGCCAACACAAUAUUAACGAAUGCGAAAGGGACCCAUGCAAAAAUGGGGGCAUUUGCACAGAUUUGGUUGCCAACUAUUCCUGCGAAUGCCCGGGGGAGUACAUGGGGAGGAACUGUCAAUACAAAUGCUCUGGACCACUGGGCAUGGAGGGCGGCAUAAUCUCCAACCAACAGAUAACAGCCUCUUCCACCCACCGUGCUCUAUUCGGCUUGCAGAAGUGGUACCCGUACUUUGCACGCCUCAACAAGAAGGGCCUGGUCAAUGCCUGGACUGCUGCCGAAAAUGACAGAUGGCCUUGGAUCCAGAUAAACCUGCAGAGGAGAAUGAGGGUCACCGGCCUAAUUACCCAGGGUGCAAAGCGUAUCGGCAGCCCAGAGUACGUCAAGUCUUACAAAGUAGCCUACAGUGAUGACGGGAAGACCUGGAGAACAUACAAAGUCAAGGGCAAAGAUGAGGAUAUGAUUUUCAGAGGAAAUGUCGAUAACAGCGCUCCAUCAGCCAACUCCUUCACCCCUCCCAUUGAAGCCCAGUACGUGCGCAUUUACCCCCAAGUCUGCAGGAGGCACUGUACCUUACGCAUGGAGCUGCUUGGUUGUGAGCUAACAGGCUGCUCUGAACCACUGGGAAUGAAGUCAGGCCAUAUCCAGGACUACCAGGUCACAGCCUCCAGCAUCUUCAGGACUCUCAACAUGGACAUGUUUACUUGGGAGCCUGGAAAGGCCCGGCUGGACAAACAGGGCAAGGUCAAUGCUUGGACAGCUGGACACAGUGACCAGUCACAGUGGCUACAGGUGGACUUGCUUGUGCCAACCAAGGUCACAGGUAUCAUCACCCAGGGAGCUAAAGACUUUGGCCAUGUCCAGUUUGUUGGCUCAUACAAACUGGCGUACAGUAAUGAUGGAGAGCGGUGGAAUGUUUAUCAAGAUGAGAAACAGGGGAAGGACAAGGUAUUCCAAGGGAACUUUGACAACGACACACACAGAAAGAACGUGAUAGAUCCACCUGUCUAUGCUCGGCUCAUCCGGAUCCUUCCCUGGUCAUGGUACGGCAGAAUCACUUUGCGUGCAGAGAUACUCGGAUGCACAGAGGAAGAGUGAAGUCCUUUCUUUCAUCUUUCUUGCCAUUGUCCCCUGUCCCUUGGCAUACUGGAGGAUCUCACCCAGUAUUUCAAAAAUAAAACUGUGCAACCUGUAAAAAGAAAUCAAUUUCCAAUGGAUUUUUCAAGAAUAUGUGUUUAGUUGUGGUGGGUUGCUGUUUGUUUUUUUGUACAAUGAUUUAAAACCUGCCCCUGAUCCACUUUUGUCUUUUAGUUUCCUCUUUAAAGCGUGAUCUUUGUCUUUUUAUUCUUCUCAAGAUUUACCAUCCUGUUUGGAAUGAACUUCUGUAAUAUAUAUGGGAGGGGUGGGGUUAGGGGUGGAGUUGGAAAGCGGGUUUUGCUGAGGUUUUAACUUGUUGCCAUGGAAGCUAUUGUACAGUGUCACUUUUUAACAAAGAUGUGAAAUCUGUCUGCCGUGCUUCAUUGGACAUGAUUAACCAACUCCAUAACAUAACUAAACUGUCUAAAAUACCAUGUAGAGAUCACACGUUAUCACAUUAUCAAAUAUAUUUUUACUUUGGUUACUACACAUCCUCAAGCCAUGCUUUUACACUAAUGGGCACUGGCAUUACUACAUCAAUCAAAACACUAUUAAUGCUCUUGUAUUAUAUGUAAAAGACUAAGAAAUUGCAUGGUGCGUGAAUUAUAAAUGUAUAUUAUGACAAAUCAUUUAAAACCUCCAGCCCUGAGAGCAACGGCUUUGAUUUAGGGACCUAUUUUUAUGUGCAUUUUUAAAUAGUUCUGAAACAUUACAACACACUGCAAAAGCUUACUGAAGAUGACUGAUAUGUGAGACAAUAAACACGCACUGCAGUUAAAUGUGGUACUGCAGCACUGACACUGAGGCUUAUAGGCUGUCUCUAGUUGAAAUGUCUCAAUGCUCUCAUAAGGAGUUGCCAUUUUUUAUUUGUAUCUAUUUGAUUAUCACUACACUUUUUCUAAGAUAUUUGGAAUUAUUGUUUGUGCUUGUUCUUUUUUGUAUUUAUUUAGAUUUAUUUGUCUCAGCUGUCAGAUGCAUAAAAUCUGUGUUUAAUGUCUUUGUGUUAUCUUGGAGAUCUAAGUUGAAUCAAUUAAAAAGCUCAGGAUAGAUGUCAUUCACUAACCCACAAUUGUAUAAUUUUUGGCAACCUAUUUAAAGAUUUCUGUGUAUUAUUGUUUUUUAAAAUGGCAAAUGAUUGAACUGUCCAUAUAUGCAUAAUUCAAAUAUUGAAAGCAAUCUUUCAUUUUAUUUCAUCCCUUUGAUGUGUUAAAUAAUAAUUGUUAAUUAACUUCUGUAUUUUAAAAAAUGCAAAUGUCCAAGAUUUAUAAUAUAUUAAUAUAUGACAUUAUCAAAAACCUACAGUGAUGAUGAACUGUGACAACAGUACAUAACUCUAAAUUAAAUAUGGGCAGUGUCUUUAUUUCAAGAGAUAUGACCUUUAAUAGUCUGGAUCAAAGAUGAUAUAGUCAUAAAAUGUCAAAGAACUUGUAGGUAUUUUUACAUGACAGCAGCUCUUUGCAUGCUCAAAUGGUUUUAAGAUGCUAAAAAUAUUUAGACACAUUAAGGUUACAAGGUAUAAAGAUGCAUAGGCCAGUCACGUCAAAACAUUCUAUUUAUACAGUUUUUCACUGUAUGGAUACUGCUUUUGGCUGCAUGCUGCAGUAAAUGAACAUCAGUCCUUGGCUGGUUAAAUAAAUGGAAGCAAACAAGUACCUAAGGUAUCACAGCAGUGUCCAACCUUACAGCCCAUUCUACAUGGCCUAAAAAUAAAAAUAAAUUACUCUGGUGGUUUCCACUCUUGACUAGUUUUUCCAAAUCUCUCGAGUGCUUGAAUAAGAGCUGAAGGGAGCCAUGUCUACUUUUAUGCUUCGUGUUUCACUUAAGACUUGUCAGCUUUCAGUCACUUAACUAACCAAUCAUUUCAUAUUAUAGGAAUACAAUGUAUUUGUUCAGAGAUUGCAGCCCAGCCUUAAAGAGAAAGUAAGACAUUUACUGGAAAACCUUAUUUAAUUUAAUGCUUCAACCAUUCCAAAUAAUGUUGGUUGUCUGACACAUUUGGAAAUACAAGAGUGCCACUGUUAUUUUCAUCACUGUAUACAUAAUUAAUACAAAUGCAUUGGAAUCAAACAUUUUUGGACUACAUCCAAAAUGAUGAAAAGCACAGCAAGAAAAAACUUUGUCAUCAUUCAAAUAUUUUGGGGCUUACUUUAUAUUGUUGUGAGCCAGGGCAUUCUCAGCUGUCAUGCCAUCAACAUGGAUGUUGUCGUAGUUAACAAUUAACUGUACGAAGUCUGAAAAUUAAACAAAACAUUUUCAAUUGUUAAUUGGGACUGAGUAUAGCCAAUUGUAGUCUGGUUUGGCAAAUUACAAUAUGAUAUACAGUAUAUGAUAUAGUAUACUAUAAUGGCCCUGGUGUGUUUAAAGAUAAAGAUAUCUUUUACGCGUGUUAUGUUGCCAAACUCGACCUGUACUUCAAUGUAAGUUACACUGAAAGACUUUGCUGUAGAUUACCAAUAUGUGAAAAUGUUGUUGGUGUGAAUCAGUGACUGUCAUUCCUUGGGUUCAUGAACAUGAUAUAAGCAUAAACAGAUUCUUUCUCACAGAUUAUUUGUCGUUUGACAUUUUCCAUUCUGACACUUAAGUCGUUUAUUGCCAAAUAUCUUGGCCAGCAUCUGCUCUGAUUGAUCUUUGUAGUCAGCUUCCUGUCGGCAGGCCUGCUGCAAAGCUUUGAGGAAGUUUGCAUGAUGUAUGAGUUUGAACAGUACAGUAUAACAAAAAUGUCCACAGGCACAUUAUGUUCUUGCAUAUCAUAAAGAUCUAAUAGCCUUUACUUUGUACUCACCAUCAAUUGUCUUGUGCAUUGUAAAACAUCAUCUCACAGGUUCAAAACGGGAGCAAAGUGGAAGCGCAUCCUGUCUUUGUAUUUCUGUGUCCGCUGUUCACAUAUUAUUUCUUACCUCCUCGGUCUGAGUGUCAAUCACUAUCUAGAAAAAGUAUCUAUUAUAAUACUGGUUAGGUUCAAGCCUGCAGAGGAGAGUGAUAAACUGUGUACAGUCAAAAAAAGAUGUUGCUUCAAACAAAAGCUCUUUCAGUUUGACAAAUAAAAACAUAUC